AAAUUAGCUGGUGUAUGAUACGGAAGACGUAAUGUUUAUACUCUUCAAUAGGCCACAGGACAAACCAUCAGCGCUUGAGUGUGGGGGGGUGUUAUUCAUUAAAUGACACGUUUAAUAACGAAUAACGGUGUUUCGGUCUGUUCGCUUUAGUAUUGUAUAUUUGCGAUGUUUUAAUCCGGUUAUGUGUAAAAGCAGAAGGUUGCUCGUUUAAAGUUCACUAUUGGACGCGACCCCUCCGCUCGCGUUGUUUUGGUCGCGUCUUGAAUCCGUGAUUCCGGAUCGAUUGCGGUUCCCGCGGCGCUGAGAUCAGCGAGAAAAAAUCGCGUGGAUCUGUUUAUUUACUGACGCUUUUCAGACGCGUUCGGUUUGAUUCGUGCGCGGUGUGUGUGUGUGUGUGUGUGUGUUAAUCUGCAGCGGAGCGUGUGUUUGUCAUGUGCUGUCAUUCAUGUGGAUGCGGGCUUGAGUCGGCGUCACCGGACGCGAUCGGUUCGCUUCAUCCUUCUGUCGUGCGACGACGCUGAUCCGUUCUCGUUGGUGUUUUCAGAAUCGCGAAGGUCGUUGUUUCAGAUGUGAUCGGUGCCGUUACCGCAGUGCGCCUGGAGCCGAGCAGAAUGAUCGAACGCGAGCGUCCCAGUCGGCCCUCGUGACGUCACGCCGCUUCGUUGUUUGUCUUCUGACAGAUGCGCCGCGGUUACACGCGCUCUCGCGUCCGUUAGUUUGACGUUCCCCGGGUUUGUAGCUCUCGGUGUCGGUCUGAGGCAUGGACCUUAAUUUUUACUCGGAUCUGUCGGACGGAACCGGGCAGCCCGGUGACCCGGAGUUCCUGGAUCCUCAGGCGUUUAACGGAUUUGACGCCGUUCAGAAGUUCCCGGGAGGAAGUGACAGCUACCUGGCCAUCAGCGGCGAGGCGCAUCACUUCCUGAGCUCCUCCGAAGUGCGACUGUCCUCCGCCUUCCCCGCCGAGACGUUUCACACACCCAGUCUGGGCGAUGAGGACCUGGAUCUGGACCCGGACUCGGCGCUGGGCGUCUCUGACGUCGUGUCUGAUUUCGGAGAGCUGGGCGACGGCGGGCCGGCUGGUGUUCCCGGGAACGCUGUGGUCGGAGGAAACGAUCCGUCAUUCGCCUCCACCUUCGUGAACGCACCGUCACAGAGUCUGGAGCACCUGAGUCUGAUGAGCCAGCAGAGCGGCGGACCCAUGCUGGGCUCUGCGCUGGGAAUGGAUCUCGGUCACCCCAUGGGCUCUCAGUUCAGCAGCUCUUCUCCGAUGACCAUCGACGUCCCGCUGAGCGACAUGAACCACGGCCUGCUGGGACACAACCAGCUGACCACCAUCGACCAAUCAGAGCUCAGCGCGCAGCUGGGCCUCAGUCUGGGCGGCGGCACCAUCCUGCCCCGCCCACAGUCACCUGACCAGCCGCUGUCCUCCACCGGCUCGCCGUCCGACUCGCUGCAGGACGACGACGUGGACGACUUCAGACGGAAGAGUGUUCUGGUGGACUCUCCGGUGACUCUGUCCGUGUCUCCGGCUGUUAUCUCCCUCUCUCCGUCUCUGUCGGAGCAGCCGGCCGUCCCAGCAUCCUCCGCUGCUCCCGGACGGAAGGGAGUCGGCAUGAAGAAGGGCAAGAAGAAGAAGGACCCGAACGAGCCGCAGAAGCCCGUGUCUGCGUACGCACUGUUCUUCAGAGACACGCAGGCCGCCAUCAAGGGCCAGAAUCCCAACGCCACCUUCGGAGAAGUGUCCAAGAUCGUGGCCUCCAUGUGGGACAGUCUGGGAGAAGAGCAGAAGCAGGUGUACAAGAGGAAGACAGAAGCUGCUAAGAAGGAGUACCUGAAAGCCCUGACAGCUUAUAAAGCCAAUCAGCUGCCGCAGCCGACUAUUGAAGUGUUAGAUGCUCCGGCGUCUCCUCCGGAACCGGCUCCGCUCGUCACGCCGCCGCCGCCGCCGCGCUCCUCCCGCAUCCCGUUGCACGCCCCCGACAACAACACCAUCACCAACAUCUGCACCUCCAACAUCAUCCUGGACCUGCCGCAGGUGACCACGCGCUCGCGCACCGGCGCGCACAAACCACAGGCCCCGCCCCCCGCCAACAAGAUCAUCAUCUCCAAGCAGCAGCUGCAGUCGCCGCGGCAACCCCCGCCGCUCCAGCAGAUGCAGAACACGCCCCCUCCCCCACGCCUGCAGCAGAUGCUGCAUUCCCCGGCCCCGCCCCCUCUGCAGGCUAAACCGCGCGUGAUCGCCACGGCAACUCCGCCACCGCCAUUGCAGAUCAAGAUCGUCCCGGUCGUGCAGAGCGGCGUGAGCGCGCCAAUCAUCGUAACCACUGCCGAGUCACCAGCCGCCGAGGUGCUGCCCCCUGCUGCCAUAGUAACGGACCUGUCGCCGAUGGUAACCGAGGAGGUCGCUGAAGAAGGGAUGGAGGUGGAGGUGAAUGUGUCUCCGGCUCCAGACGCUCCGCCUGCAGACGCUCCCAGUGUGUGUGUCCGCGCCGGCUGCAACAACCCACCCAUAGAGAGCAAAGACUGGGACCGAGAGUACUGCAGCAACGAGUGUGUGGCCACGCACUGCAGGGACGUGUUCAUGGCCUGGUGCGCCAUCAGAGGACAAAACUCAACCACCGUCACAUAGAAACACAUGGACACGGCUGAGACGGACAGACGUGUGUGUGUGUGUGUGGACACUGAACCCCCAGCGUGAACAAGAACAGCGGAAAACCCAUCAAAGACUCAACAUCAAACUGUUAACGCUGCUUCACAUGCACAGACUGACACAGAAAAGCAGCGGAAAUCUUGGGUUUAUUAAAAAAAAUGAAUUUUAGGAUGAAAAAAUGAAUAUUUAAAGAGAUCUCAAUAAUGUAUCUGUAUGAACGGAUGGAGGUUCUUUUGACCAGGUGUGUUUGUUCACAGCAGAAACACAUUUUAUGUAAGUACAGAAACCUGUGCUUGGGUUAUGGAUUGCAAUCUGAAAUAGUUCACAAUGCAACAAUGCACAAAAUCCAGCUUUUUUUUUUGUACCUGCAUAGAGGAUGUUUCUGCCGGUGUGUGUGUGUGUGUGUGUGUGAGAGACGGAGCACUAAACCGAUUUUUAAGCUAAUACACAGACUGUUUUAAAAUCAUGACGUCACUCAUGUGAAUAUUCCUGAUUUUGGGGCUUGCUUGAUUUCUUUUUGAACAAGGCCAAAAAUUACCAUGGUAACUGGAGUUCAUGGCCAAAACUCCGUUGUUGCUAUGGUUACUGUUACAGUAGAACUAUGGUAACUAAUGGCCAAAAAAUCAAAACCGAUUCAGCAAAACGGCUCUGUUUGAUGCCAUAUUUAUUGUGAUUUUAUUAUGCUAACAGUUGUAGAAUAUUUAAUUUACAUGAAUGCGUUUGGCAGACGCUUUUAUCCAUUGCAUUCAUUAGAUUUGAUCCGUUCACGCGUUCCCUGGGAAUCGAACCCGUGACCUUUGUGGCAUAACUGGGAAACGGGUUACUGUGGUCAAUUUUUUUGUAAAGGAGUGUUUUAAUACCUUUUACAUUCUCAGUACUUACUGUGACGCUGUGCGGAUUAAAAACAGAUUUUAUAUUGGGGAAAUCUACAGAAACAGACAAUAUACGUUUAACUGCUCGUGAAAAUAUGGUUUUCUUAGAUUUUUCUUCACUUCUUUGACAUCUCGGUUCUUUUAUUGUGUUGAGGAGUUUGUGAGUUGAAUAAACAAUCAAAUGGAAAAAAUGAAAAGAAAUAAAACAGUGACGUGUUUUGUAA